UAUAUUGAGGUCGCUAAACAACACUGCGCUUUGAAAUGUCAUCGCUAUUUGUCACAAAACAUUAAUACAUUCUAAAAAAUUGUUAUUUAUUUUUUUUGCUGCAGACAUUAUUUUGGUAAUUUGUUAUGGAUUCAGACGAUUCACAACUGCAUCCUAACUGGCUGGCGCUAGCUACAGUUACCUUUCCGCGGAAGCGUUUUGUGCGUGGUCUUGAAUUGCGGAGCAAUGAAGAAGCUAAAGUUGAGGAAAAUAGUGCUCAGCUCGGCGAGAGAAAAGGCGAAGACGUAAGAAAAUUUUACGAGGAACUAACAAAACACUCUAAAACAAAUGUUCCAGUUACUGCUCCAUCCGUAUCGAGCAGUUCAAUUAAAUCAAAGAAACUCUCUUUAUUGAAUUUCGAUAGCAAAAAAUUUUUUCGCCUUGCUACAACAAAUAACGUGACAGAGUUAGCGCGAAUAAAUUAUCAAGCUGGCGAUGUGGAUGUGUGCGAUGCUUUCGGCUGGACUGCUCUUAUGAUGGCGGCUUGUGAGGGUGCAAUAUGCGCUGUGAGAUUUCUAUUACAGUUGGGCGCUGAUAAAAGUAUUAAAGAGAAAACUGGUCGCACUGCAAGAGAUUUCGCAAUAGAAAAAGGUUAUGACCACAUUGCAACAAUUUUACAAACGAUCAUUGAAGAUAUUAAAGAACCAUCUAGCCAGGAAAUGUCUUCUGCAAACGUUUCAGUUGAACAUUUCUAUUGUACCAGCUGUGAACAUACAUUCACAAAUACAAAUCGAUUACGACAUGAAACGUCAACGGUGCAUCAAUUUACUACAAAAGCAAUCGGUGCACAAAAUAAGCUAAACAAAUUUAAUAUAUCCAACAAAAAUCGUGGUUUGCAAUUAAUGGUUAAACAAGGCUGGGACAAAGAAAGCGGUUUGGGCCCAAUUCAAGCUGGACGAUUGUAUCCGGUUAAAACAGUGAUACGAAAGAAACGCACUGGCCUCGGCACAAAACAGGAGCCGGCGCGUGUAACACAUUUCGGCGCGUUCGAUAAACAAGCCGUUAUGCAUAAUCGGUCAAGUAUCUUGCCAAAAAGUAAAAAACGUUCACGCUGUGACAUACGUUCCGAAAAGUUACGCGAUUGGAAACGCGAACGACGACUUCGAAAAGAGUUGAGCUAAUGUUUCAAGCAUUGUACAGACCUAUUUUAGAUUUAUACAAUGUUUAAAUCUCAGUUUGGAUGCAGUUGUCCUCUUAGUCAAAUUAUUUAGGCGAAAUAUAAAAUUUUACAUAAAGUAUAUUCAUAUAUUCAUCAGUUGAUCAUCAGUGAAAAAUGUCUAAAACCGAUGAACAAAAAACGGUUGAGAUUAUAAAAUCAACCGAAGAGGUGGCCGAUAAGAUAUUGAUGAACAAGCAAGAGUUGGUAGAGCUGGAUAAACGCAGACAACAAACACGCGAAGCGAUACGUGAGCUCGAAAAGCAUGCAGCCAAGAAUGAGAAGAAAGUUUGGAUAACGGUGGGCAGCAUGCUUGUCAAAAUGGAACGUGAAAAGGCUUUGAAGCUUUUGAAAAACGAUCAAAUGCAAAUUGAACGUGAAAUUAAUAUCAUCACCUCGGACCAAAAGAUUUUGGUGAACAAGCAUCGUGAUUUGGAGCACUUUUCGCCCUAUUUAGGAACACAGCUUAAAGCGCUUGAUCGAAAAGAGUUUGCAGCGCUUAAGGCAAAUCUGCCGCUUUUGUAGCCAAAUAGUCAAGUUAACAGUGAUUUAAAUACUUUAAGUAUAUUUAGCGUAACAAAAUGAUUUUUCUUACACAAUUUUGUGUCAUAGUUACAGUUAUUAAUUUUGUACUUAUAUUUAAAGGGGAAGUUUUAGUUUGUGUUAAUAAAAUGCAGUUCUAUAUAAAUACUAAAAAAUGUUUAGUAAUGAGAUGAAAACUGAAAAUAUGCAGCAUGCAAUCAAUUAGAACUUUCGCGCAGCUUUGUCACUGUUAGAUAUUGCUAAGACUCAACUAAUAGACGCCUUACUAGAUUUCGCUGGUUCACUAUAAUCCUGUAAACAUUAAAAUAACUGUAAUUACAGAUUA